GAGAGGAGUGAACUGUAGUCUGUACAGUUCUCGACGCCAAGAAUCUGAAAGAUUCUCGCAAUGAACCUUGGACAGCAAAUGGUUUUCCCGGUGCUGGCAGGAACGAUAGACGAGGCGACCAGAGAGAGGUUACUUGCGGAGCAUCUGGCUUCAAACUUGCAGAACAAUUCGCUCUCGACCGCUCUUGCCAAUGCCGGAUUCAUUCCAGCCAACGCUUUUAUAAACUUAUCGACUCCAGGAGCAGUUGUCAAUCACACCAUCAAUUUAUUGAGGGCACCGGUCGCUUCUUUGGCUCAAUCCAUCGGUUUGCAGAAUACAGCAGCUGUCGUCGGUCAUCACCUCGGCCUCAAAGCUGCCGGAUUACCUCUAAACAACAGGUUGCAAGUGCCAAAUGUGGGCAUUAACCAUAAUCUGGGACUGAAUUUACCAGUGGGGGCCAACCCUCACCAUUACAUUACAGCAUUACCCGGCAUCGGCAUAAACAUGGGCCCUAAAGCUCCCGGAGUGAAUAUGAAUAACUCAACUAUGGGAUCGAAGGUUCCUGGACCAGGUGUGGGCAGCAGCAGCAGCAUGAACACGAGGUCACCUGGAUCGAGCUCGAGCAACAACAACUUAGCUUCCAGGUUAGCAAUGGCUGGUGGUCCUCAAAACAUGAUGCAAAGAGUAGGUCACCCGGGUUUAAUGCGGACUGGAUCAUGGCAAGCGCCUCCUCAAUCUGCCGGGAUCCACAUGGGUAUACCCCAGGCCAAUGCGACGCAUAUGACUGCGUAUCCUAGCCACCAAAGAACUGCUGUCCAAGGUGUUUCUGGAUACCCUCAACAGAAACACAAGUCGUUGGGUCCGACUUACUUGGAUGACUUUAAACAAGGAUUCCCUUCCAAAGGCCUGUCUGUGCUCCAAAAUCGCUGGUGGGGUAGUGCAGAGCCGAGCAAACGUGCGGAGGUUUCUGAAGGGACAGAGAAAGACACAUCGCAUGCCCUCAACGCAGGAGGGACGAGUUGUAAAGGUGCCGAAGCUGACAGGACAAUUCAUGCGAAAGUUGCAGACGAGAAAAGCAAGGAAAUUUUGAGUUCUUGUGCCAAACUGUCCGCAAUACGCAGAAGGGCUUCCGACGGCGGGAGGAGUGCUCUACAACUUGCCGUCAGCAGAGGAUAUGGAGUGCAAAAAAUUGGACAUCAACAAUCCAAGGCACUUCAGUUUGUCUUCGGUAACUCAUUGCCAAAGCAGUGGUCAGCUGCACUUGUGAGCAGUGACUGAAGUCUGAGACAGUCUCCGAUUGUUACGGAUAUGAUUUAAAAUCAGUGGUAUUGGAUUCCAGAGCGGGAAGUCAUUGCCAUGCACAGACGGUUAGACAUUCUUUUUGACGACUUUUCAGCUGUCAUCCUCUUUACACUAGCAACGCACAGCCAGGGCGUGGGGUAUUUGGUCGUCAGGCUUUGACAGGCACAUGAGUGCAGGUUUAACUGUCAUCGGACAUGUCCUCCGGCCGAACGGUUUUCACUUCUCUUCUCUCAGGCGGAAAAUCUGCCACAGGAGCAGGAAGUAGACGACUCUAGAAGGCGUCAGUCCAAGUAUCUUAGCUCCAACAAGGACUUUCAAGGUUUUUUUCUCCUCGUCUUGUUUUAGCAAAGGACAGACUAGGUCAUAGGAAAUUUCUUUUGCUCUCUGGUAUGUAAAGCAAUUGUAGAUAUUGAUAGGUUUGGCAUGAUAGGUUACAAACAGUGGAUUAGCUGCAAUGGGGCAAUCUAUCUAGCCAAGAAUGUGAAGGUCCUACAGUCAAGUAGUUGACAGGUCGGCGUGGUUCAGUGCUCGAAGGUAGAUGCUCGGGACACAACUCGAAAACUUUGACAGUCAACUUACCGAAGUUUCAAUUAUUCAGAUGCAUUCAUGGCAAUUAGCUGUACAAAUUAGAACAAAUGUGCCACAAUAAACAGUCAAGUUUCUCAGCGGGGCAUUACGAGGUUCGUCGUUGAAAGAAACGAUUCUAUUUGAGAACUUCUUGUCAGUAAGUGCAUUGUUGCGUAUGUGAAUGAGCAUUUUCCUUGUAAACGGAAGAUGAUGGGCAUCUCCAUUUUGGAAAGCAAGGUGCCAAAGUUUCCUUGUCGAUUCUAUUUUGUCACUUCGGGUUCCAAGGGGG